CCUUUGUGUUACCUACUGCCCGUCAAUCAAAAUACAAAAAAAAUCUGACACUUAUCACCUAUUUUUGCACGUAUACAAUCAAUUUAUGGCGCUCAAGAUGUUCCGUGGUUUGUGACUUUCAGGACUUUCCGGUUAGAGACAAGUCACGCAAUGACCGCCCCAGAACAGCCACUGAAACCAGAUGAUAUGGCUGCCCCGGAUGCUGACCAGAGUCAAGAUGACUUUAUGCAGCAGGAAGUGAGCAGUGGCAAUCAGACAUCAGAUUCAUCUUCGCAACUUUCUGGGACUGACAAAUGGGAGGUGCUAGCUCCCACAACAGCAGCAAAUGAUGAGUCUGGAAUAAUACAGAUGGAAAGUCAGGGGAUAUUAACAUCUAAUGGACAGUAUGUUCUCCCUCUCCAAAACUUACAAAGUCAGCCAAUUUUUGUAACGUCUGGAAUGAACGAUUCCUCUGCCAACUCAGUGCCUAACAUUCAGUACCAAGUAAUCCCUCAGAUUCAGACAGCAGAUGGACAGCUGAGCUUCUCCACGUCAGGUGUCAAAGGACCAACCCUGACUCAGGAUGCCACAGGGCAGAUUCAGAUCUUGUCUGAUGGGAGCCAGGGUCUCAACCUGACAUCAUCUGCAAACAUUCUCAACAACCAAAACCUCAUUUCACAGACUGGUAAUAUCCAGCAGAUCCAAGGGGUUUCUAUUGGCAGCUCCACAUUCAACAGCCAGGGCCAGGUUGUUACCAGUGUGCCUGUGGGUCUGCCAGGGAACAUUACCUUUGUUCCCAUUAACAGUGUCGACCUGGAAUCCCUUGGCCUGUCAGGUGCUCAAACUAUAGCAACGGGGGUCACUGCUGAUGGCCAGCUAAUUAUGGCAAACCAGCCUGUGGAUAGCUCAGAGAGCUUGAAUAAGACAGAUGAUCACAUUUCACAGACGAUACCAGUAAGUAACUCUAAUGCAAACACUGAGAUCUUUGUGCCAACGUCUUCCUCUCAGCUGAAUGUUCCAGAAAAUGAAACUGGUCUGCUGACACAAGACGCUUCAUUGACAUCAGUUGCUGCAGAGCAACCCGACUCGAGUUCUGGCCUUCAGGAAGGCUUUGUCCAACAGAAUCAGGAGCUUGGCGUCCAGGUGUCUUCAGCUCAGCCCAUCAUCCAACUGCAGCAGGUGCCUAUUCAGACCACCAACGGUCAGGUGGUCCAGUCGGUGGCAACAGGUGGUCAGAACUUGCAGAACGUGCAACUAAUCAACCCAGGAACCUUCAUCAUCCAAGCUCAGACGGUCACACCAUCAGGUCAGAUACAGUGGCAGACCUUUCAGGUACAAGGAGUGCAGAACCUUCAGAACCUGCAACUACCCACCACACCACCCCAGCAGAUAACUCUGGCACCCGUCCAGACUCUGUCUUUGGGCGGCAUCGGUGCAGGGCAGAUUCCCAACCUGCAGACUGUGACCGUCAACUCAGCGGCCCAACAGGAAGGAGACACAGAUACUCAUGGAGUUUCAGAUAUUCGGAUCAAAGAAGAGCCUGACUCAGGGGACUGGCUGAACACCAGCUCAACCCUGAACACAAACGAUCUGUCGCACCUCCCUGGUGGGAUCAUAGAUGAAGAUGAUCAGUUCGGUCAGGAGGGCAAGAGGCUGCGCAGAGUGGCGUGCACUUGUCCUAACUGCAAAGAGUCGGGGGGGAGGGGGUCCGGCACGGGCAAGAAGAAGCAGCACAUCUGCCACAUCGCAGGGUGUGGGAAAGUCUACGGAAAGACAUCACACCUGCGAGCACACCUGCGCUGGCAUUCAGGGGAGCGACCUUUUGUUUGCACCUGGAUGUUCUGUGGGAAAAGGUUCACACGCAGCGAUGAACUGCAGAGGCACAGGAGAACACACACAGGAGAGAAGAAGUUUGUCUGCCCAGAAUGUUCGAAGCGCUUCAUGCGGAGCGACCACCUGGCGAAGCACAUUAAAACUCAUCRGAACAAAAAAGGCGUGAACUCCGGCAACACCGUGGUGGCCUCGGUGGAGUCGGCAGGUUCCUCUGACAGCAUCAUUACGGCGGGUGGAACCACCCUCAUCCUCACCAACAUCCAGCAGGGCUCUAACAACGCCCAGGACAUACUGGCCAACGCAGAGAUUCCCCUCCAGCUCGUCACCACAGUCGCCGCCAGUGAAGUUAUGAAGUGAUUCGMUCUUCUUAUGAACUCUUCUUAUACUGUAUACUCCUACGUGCAUUUUUAUUCAAGUUUUGAAGGAAAAUUAUAAAUAUAUAUAUAUAUUUUAACACAGAUUUAGUCCGUGUCUACUCUCAGUUGUCGUGGAGGAAAGAAAAGCAAGCGGGGACUAAUGAGGAAACAAAGACGUURCAGUAAACACACAAAGAAAUGCCUUAUUUUGUACAAAAUUGGAAAUGUAAGGUUCCACUUUGUUUUAAUUGUACUUAUUUGUUAAUAUUAUGUUUUUGAUGAGAAGUUAUUUCUCUCACCUUUUUGUUGAUUUAUUUUGCUUUUGUUCUGUGGAAGCAAAACUUGUUCCGUUUUCCUUUUUAGCGGAGACGAAACCCCUCAGCAGAACUAAUUUUAUCUAUCCCAAGUGAAUUUAUUAUUUCACGUUAUGUGGGUUUUAAUUAUUGUUGUGCAUCAUUAUCUGGCACUUUGUCUGCUUGCAAAGCCCUUCUUCGUCCAGCUCUUUUUUYUUCUUUUUUAUGAAUUUGUUUUUACUCACUGCACUUAGCAGAAGAAAAAUGAAAAACAAUCAAAUUUCUUUCGUAAUUCCUCUAGACAUAUGUUGUUGAUAUGACACAUUCUCUUAGAAGCAAAUUUUACUCGACAGCUAUUUUUUAUUAAGUUUGUACAAUGUAAUACUCAGAAAUGUUUAAAUCUGCUCCAAUGUGUGAUUCAAAUGUGUUUUUUCUACCCUUUCUUGAAAAUUUUCAACACAGGAAAGAAAUAUAUUUUAAAAAAGCCAUGGUCUGGUAGUGUUUGCCAAAUUGAACUCCAAACUCAGGGUGACUCUCCACUGCGUGCUAUAAAUACAGUAAAUCACCCCAUUAGGUUCUCAGGCUGCGGUGAUUAUUUUUCUUCCAAUUUAAUCAAUGAAAUGCUGAUUAAGUUAUUAUGCCAUGUCACCUAGGCCUGCUAAAUCCUAUCGCAUCAUUUUGUUAAUUUUGCAACAGUUUUUACCACAUAUUCUGCUCCGAGCAGUGAUUUCUAAAAGUGGUAAACACAAACAGCACCGUUCUCAUCACGUUUAUUCUUCGGGACAAAAAAAAAGUUUUGUAAGACUUUUGUUAAUAUUCCUCUUGACAGUAAAUGUACAUGUUUAUUUGUACCUUUUUGUGUUACAUUCCCCCUAUUUUCCAUGUUGCAGUACGUCGAUUUUUUUCUCUGACUCUACAUUAAAUACAGAUGCACACAGAACUGAACAGUGAUUUUAACUGUAAUGUGAUCAGGUUGUUUUUUUUUUUCUUUCCUUUAUUGAGACAAUGAAGAAUAUGUUCUCUUUGUUGUCACUUCAGGAUGUUUCUAUGUCAGAGAACAUGCAGCAUAUUUACAGUCUUUUAAUAAUAAAUGCUGAAGGUUCGUCUUCAUUUCAGUCUUCUGUAUAAAUCUGUUGAUAUAUAACAAUAUAAAUCUUUCUGUUACA